ACAGCUCAGCACUGUUGUGGCUUCUCUCUGUGCAACGAAUUCAUCCUGAGAACUUCUGAUUCAAACGAAAAAAAGAGCAAAAUUAACAAACCAUGGCCAAAUUUCUGGUGUUAGCUUUCAUUGGUGUUACUGGAAUUUCUAUCGGCUUAGGAACCGACAGCUGGAGCUACUGCAGUAAUUGUGCCGAUGGACCGUUGAGAUGGACGGGUAACUGUGCCUCAGGGAAAAGCCAAUCUCCCAUAGACAUUUCCUUCACUAAUGUAACCUACAAGUCGUUCUCAGACUGGAACUGGCAAAACUACGGAAGUACACUCUCGACUAAGUUCACUCAAGAGAACACUGGCUCUGCUCUGCACGUGAACCUACCAGAUAAAAAGUUCUUCGUCAGUGGUGGAGGUCUCGUAGGAAACUACACCACCGCUCAAUUUCACCUUCACUGGGGACCCGAAAAUGGACAAGGUUCAGAGCACACUCUGAAUGGCGAAAAGUUUGCCGCAGAGAUCCAUUUUGUCAGCUACAAUGUCAAAUACCCAAACUUGACCUACGCCGCCGCGCAGCCUGAUGGUUUGGCUGUCCUUGGUGUCUUCAUUGAGGUGGGAAGUGCAAAUUCCGCUUACGACAAAUUCCUCAAUUAUACCGCAAAAGUUGUCAAUGGAAACACAACUGCACACAUUGCACCUUUUCCUCUCUCUCCUCUUUUCCCAUCCAACACGAGCAAGUUCUACAGGUACCAAGGCUCCCUAACAACGCCGGGAUGUUUCGAGUCUGUCACAUGGACAGUCUUCCACGAUUCCGUAAAGAUAUCCGCAUCUCAGGUUGCUGCCAUACGCGGUUUGAUGAUGAACGACACUGACUACAUUGGGUUGAACUACCGCCCGACCCAGGCCCUUAACACACGCACUGUGUAUGCGAGCUUCGAUGUUUCACCUGGCACAGAAACUCCGACGGUUGCUGAUUCAACAGCUGGAGUUAAGAUCACCACAAGCCUGUUGCUGUUGAUGUUAAUCGGAGCUCUAUUCCUUAAUUAAGAUGGCUCCUUCGCAUACACCUGACGCCAAUUGACUAAGACUUGCUGUUUAGUUAAUUGUAUUUUUUUAACUCCAAGGAGUUGCAACUUUAAAAAGGGACGAGAAACAUUCUCUUUGAUAUGACCGGAAUUAUAGGAGAAAACGUUGCAAAUGUUUGCAUAGGUUAGUUUAUAGAUAUUUUAAUCAAAGAACAACUUGAGUUUAUUAAAAGUUUUAGUCCUUACAGGAUGGUUUUAAAGGUUUA